CAGUGCACUGCUGAGAUUUGCCAACGCGGAGGAGGAGCUGUCAAAGUUUUCACACAAGUCGAGCGAGAUUUCUCAUGAAGACGCAAUCCUUGAGCAUUCUGAAACCAUUAUAGAAGAGCCCUUGUACUAUGGAGUGAAGAUCGAUAGGUUUCAAACAGAAGAAAUGGCAGGAUUUACUGAGAUUGGAUGCGUAUUGACCUUACUGCUUUCAGUAAGCUUGUGUGCAACGCCGGAAAAGAAAGUAUGUCAGGGAGCAAACAACAAACUAUCACAGCUGGGACCUGUGGAUGACCAUUAUCAGAAAUUAGUGAAGAUGUACAGCAACUGCACAGUGAUUCUGGAAAACCUGGAGAUUACGUACAUGAGAGAAAAACAUGACUUGUCCUUCCUCAGGAGCAUCCAAGAAGUUGGCGGCUAUGUUCUCAUUGCGAUCAACACAGCCCCCAGUAUCCCGCUUGAGAAUCUGCGCAUCAUCCGUGGCCACUCCCUUUAUGAGGACAAAUAUGCCCUGGCUUUCCUGCAAAACUCCAACAACCGCAUUGGACAAGGCGUCAAAGAGUUGCCACUGACUAGCUUAACUCAAAUCCUGAAGGGUGGAGUAAAAUUUGCCCACAACAAUCAUUUAUGUAACGUGGAGACCAUCCAGUGGACUGACAUUCUCAACAUGAGAAGUCUUCCUAAAAUCGAAGCGCCGAUACCAAGCAAUGAAAGAGGCUGUAUGAAGUGUGACCCAAGCUGUUACAAUGGUUCCUGUUGGGCCCCCGGCCCCCAAAACUGCCAAACAUUGACUAAGGUGAUCUGUGCCGAGCAGUGCUCUGGGAGGUGUAAGGGACCCAAACCCAUUGACUGCUGUAAUGAGCACUGUGCAGCUGGCUGCACUGGACCCAAACCAACAGACUGCCUGGCUUGUAAAGACUUCCAGGAUGAAGAGACAUGUAAGGACGCAUGUCCGCGUCUCAUGCUCUAUGACCCCAACACCCACCAGCUUGCUCCCAACCCAGAUGGGAAGUAUAGCUUUGGGGCAAGAUGCGUCAAGAAAUGCCCACACAACUAUGUUGUGACAGACCAUGGGGCAUGUGUGAGAACAUGCAGUGUUGGCACCUCAGAGGUGGAUGAGGGUGGAGUUCGGAAAUGCAAGAAGUGUGAUGGCCUGUGUCCAAAAGUUUGCAAUGGGCUGGGAAUGGGGCCUCUGGCCACUGUCCUGUCAAUCAAUGCCAGCAACAUCGACUCCUUUGAGAACUGCACAAAAAUCAGUGGAGGUGUUGCAAUCCUCGACACAACAUUCAAAGGUGACCAACAUACUAAAACGCCAGGAAUGGACCCUGCCAAGCUCAGUAUAUUCAAAACUGUUAAAGAAAUCACUGGCUACCUGGUAAUUCAGAUGUGGCCGAAAAGCAUGUCAUCCCUGAGCCCUUUUGAAAACCUGGAGGUCAUUCGUGGACGCACCAGACAGCUGGGAACGUUCAGCUUUGCCGUCAGCAAGACCUCCAUCACACACCUCGGCCUUCACUCUCUGAGGGAGAUCAGUGAUGGUGAUGUGGCCAUCACUCAGAAUGAGCAUCUCUGCUACACCAGUCCUUACCACUGGACUCGUCUCUUCAAAUCCCAACAACAGACCGUCAAAAUGUCACUUAAUGCUGAUGCUGCCACUUGUGUCAAUCAGAACAGCACCUGCGAUGAGCUGUGUACCUCUGAAGGUUGCUGGGGUCCUGGCCCCACUAUGUGCUUCAACUGUAAACAUUAUAGCCGUAAAAAUCGCUGCGUCGCUUCGUGCAGCCUGCUGACUGGGGAGCCACGUGAAUAUGAAAUCAAUAAUACAUGCUUUGAAUGUGAUCCUGAGUGUCUGCUUAUGAAUGGCAACCUGACCUGCACCGGCCCUGGACCUGACAAAUGUACAUUGUGUGCCAACUACAAAGAUGGACCACACUGUGUACUGCGCUGCCCGCAAGGCGUACCAGGAGAGAAAGACAUACUCAUCUGGAAAUACGCUGAUGAGAUGAGGGUUUGCCAGCCCUGUCAUGAGAACUGCACCCAAGGAUGUACCGGGCCUAAUCUGAAAGACUGUAAAUAUUUCAAAAGUUCGGGCUUGUCCAUGAUUGCUGCUGGUGUGGUUGGAAGUCUGCUGGCUUUUGUUAUCCUGGGUCUAGGAGUGGCUGUUCUACUGCGCAGGCGCCACAUCAAGAGGAAGAGAACCUUACGACGACUCUUGCAAGAAAGAGAGCUAGUGGAGCCUCUGACCCCCAGCGGCAAAGCCCCCAACCAAGCCUUGCUGCGCAUCCUCAAAGAGACCGAGUUCAAAAAGAUCAAAGUGCUUGGCUCUGGAGCUUUCGGCACUGUGUAUAAGGGUUUGUGGGUUCCAGAGGGAGAGAAUGUGAAGAUCCCUGUUGCCAUUAAGGUCUUACGAGAGGCCACGUCUUCCAGAGCAAACAAGGAGAUUUUGGAUGAGGCCUAUGUGAUGGCCAGCGUUGAGCAUCCUCAUGUAUGUCGUCUGCUCGGCAUCUGCCUGACUUCAACCGUCCAGCUCAUCACCCAGCUGAUGCCCUGUGGCUGUUUAUUGGACUACGUCAAAGAGAACAAGGACAACAUUGGCUCUCAAUACUUGCUCAACUGGUGUGUGCAGAUUGCUAAGGGGAUGAACUAUCUAGAAGAGCACCAUCUUGUGCACAGAGACCUGGCCGCUCGUAAUGUUCUGGUGAAGACCCCUCAGCAUGUAAAGAUUACUGAUUUUGGCCUGGCCAAGCUGUUAAGUGCUGAUGAGAAGGAGUACCAUGCAGAUGGUGGAAAGGUGCCAAUAAAAUGGAUGGCACUUGAAUCCAUCUUACACAGAACCUACACCCACCAGAGUGAUGUCUGGAGCUAUGGUGUGACAGUCUGGGAGCUAAUGACGUUUGGAACAAAGCCCUAUGAUGGGAUUCCUGCGAGUGAGAUUGCAGAAGUGCUGGAGAAAGGAGAAAGACUGCCUCAGCCUCCUAUCUGCACCAUUGAUGUCUACAUGAUCAUGGUCAAAUGUUGGAUGAUCGAUGCAGAGAGCAGGCCUCGCUUCAGGGAGCUCAUCGCAGAGUUUUCCAAAAUGGCACGGGACCCACCACGCUAUCUUGUCAUUCAGGGUGAUGAUCGGAUGCAUUUACCCAGUCCCUCUGACUCAAAGUUCUACCGCAGUCUGAUGACUGGAGAGCUAGAUGAAGCCAUGGAUGUAGACGAGUAUUUAGUGCCCAAUCAUGGUUUCUUCAGCAGCCCCAGUACCUCCCGCACACAGCUGCUACACUCUGUGAGUCUCAACAGCAGCACUGGGAACUGUCAGAGCAGAAACGGGAAUGGCUUCCCAGCAAGAGAGAACAGCAUGGUUUUGCGAUACAUCCCAGAUCCGACGGAACAGUUCCAGGAGGGAGACUUCCAGCCUGCUCCAGAAUACAUGAACCAGAACGGCUCACUGAUGUCCAACAUGACGAAUCAGAUCUACCAGCACCCAGGGCCCCCAUGCAUGCUUCCACACUCUUCAUUGGCACUUGAUGAAACAGAGGAAGAGUACCUGAACUGCUUCAAGAGCCCCACUCCUGUUGCUGCUGCCCCACCAGAAUAUAUUAACACCUCCCACACCCAGCUCCUCUCCAGUCAGUUGUUCUUCAAAAUGCAGGGCUUCAAGCCCGAGAAUAGCAUGGACAACCCCGACUACCAGCAGGACUUCUGCCCCCUGGAGCUCAAAACACACACCAAUGAUCACUUGCCAGCUACAGAAAAUGCAGAAUACGUGUGCCUGGAGACGCACUAGCACAUUAUGGAGAGGAGAAACUGUUAAAAUGAGCCACUUUAGUUAAAAGAUGAAAGGACAUCUAUUUAUAGCAGAGGCAAAGGCAAUUAUAUUGCUGUGGAAAUGUGGACCGUCGAGAGCAGAGCUUUUCAAAGAUGCUUGUUUCUUUCUGAGCUAGACUUAGAUGCCAAUAUGGUUGCACUGAACAAGUGGGACCCUCUAGAGACUAUGAGUGACUACAGGAAACAAAUUGAAUGUUGAUGCCAGAAGAACUCCUGAAAUCAUAGAACAUGUAGCUUGCCCACACUCCUGUGUAAAAACAAGUAUGUUUUUUGGUUAGCAAAAUAUUGACAUCAUGCCAGUGCACUGUGCUCAACAGUGUCUGUAACUAUAAAACAUUAAAGACUUAAAACUCAAAGGCUGUUUAAUGCCUCUUUGCUGUGAAUGAAAGUCAAAUUGUGUAAAGAUUUAACUCUCAUUUUUUGCUGGAAAUGUUGGCUGUAUGGUUAGAAUCCAUUUUGUCCAAUAAACCAACACACGGCUGGUGCCAGAAAACUUCCGAUUGAUAGGGAACGCUGGCGUGUUUGGCAGCCGCUCCUCUCACCGUUUAAAUGUUUAUUUAUUUAAUUUACUGGUAGCGCGGAUUUUCGGAGAAUCUAAGUUUUAAGUUUUUAUAGUCUGAGCACUACUUUAUUUAUUCUUCAUUGCAAUGUGGGAUUACCUUUUAAACUUUGGACUGCUGUUAUUAUCUGUGAGCUUCCUAUGGUGGAGUCAACCCUGCUGUCGCCUUGCCCAGGAUUUACAUCACUUUGAGGCUACUGUGGAUGUGGGUCCCUUCAUGGCUUUAGGUACACUGCACGGCAUCUACUGAAUUUAAAAUGGAACUAUUAUUUGCCGUAAGACACUCAUGAACAUUGUCAAAACAAUGGAGUGUUGCGUCCAAAACGCUACAUGCAUCGCAGUUCAAGAUGCAGUUUUGUCUCUUCGUCUUCGACUGCCAUCUCUAUUCCACUGUUUCGGCGGAAAGCCAAAAGACUGAUUUAUACUGCCGUUGAUUUGAACAAUUUGUCAUCGCUUCCAUGUCUGGAGGUUUCCCCGUUUUCUUCUCUGUCUCCGAGUCUGGUUAAAACGGCGUUAUUUAAUGCAAGCUCUGUGAAUAACAAAGCUCUGUUGUUAUCGGACAUUAUAACAGAAAAAAAUAGACUUUUUAUGCUUAACAGAAACAUGGCAUAAACAGAGUGAUGGUUUCCUCUUUAAUCAAAUUACUCCCACUCCCACGACUCUGGCAGAGGUAGGGGUAUUAUGGUGCUUCACAACCUAAAAUACAACAUAAGUCCAGUGUCUGUACCACAGUUCGCUUCAUUUGAGUGCCUCGGUCUGAGUGUCUCUGCCCCUCACACUGCCAUCAUCGCUACAGUCUAUAAACCUCCAAAGACUAAUGAAGCCUUUUUGACUGAGUUUGCUGAUUUGUUGUCUCUGCUGUGCCUCAAAUUCAUGAGAAUUCUUAUUUUGGGGGACUUUAACAUCCACAUUGACUCAAAAGACUCAGUAUUGACAAAGGACUUUCUGUCUUUAUUGGAGUGUUUUGAUUUGAUCCAGUUUGUUGGCUGUUCUACACAUAACAAAGGUCACACCUUAGACCUUGUUAUUACAAAUGGUUCUUUUGUGUAUGAGUUUUACUCUGUUGAUCUAGGUCUUUCUGACCAUUUAGCCAUCUUUUUUAAUAUGGAACUACCAAUCAUUAAUUCUUCUUCUCACAAUGUAAAAUAUCGUAAAUGGAAAUCUAUUGAUUUGUCAGCUUUUACAAACUCUAUUGUUUCUUCUUUAAGUUGUUUUUCUUCUUGAAGACAAGAUUUUUCUGUUAAACACUGUUCUCUCAUCUGGCUUAGAUGGUUUUGCUCCACUGAAAUCACGGACUAUCUCUUCUUUGCAUUCUGCUCCCUGGUAUAAUGACAAUCUGCGCUCAAUGAAGGCUGCUUGUCGCAAAAUGGAGCGAAAGUGGCGUCUUUCUGGCCUGAUUGUAUAUUACCAGGCUUGGAAAGACAACUUACAUGAUUAUAAAGAAGAAAUCAGAUCAGCCAGAAUCUGUUAUUUUUCUGAAAUAAUUUUAAAUAAUCAAAAUAAUCCAUAUUCAAUACUAUUAAUAGAUUGCUCAAAUGUAAUUGUUCUACCACCGUGCCUGCAUCACCUCUGCAUCACCUCUCACUGUGUAACAUGUUUUUAGACUUGUUUAGCACUAAGAUAGACACUAUUCUGAAAAAUAUACUUGCUACGACAUCUGUUUUUUCGGUUCCAUUUCUCAGCCUGUCUUGUUUCUCCGGCACACCUCUCUCAAAUUUCUCUCAACUCGACCAUGUUACUCUAAGUAAUGAGGUAUCACGUAUGAAAGCUACCACUAGCAUAGCUGAUCCUCUACCGACUAGUCUAUUUAAAUCCUGUUUUGUCUCUCUGUGUCCCAUUGUUUUGGACAUAAUAAAUGACUCCUUGUGUACUGGUGUUGUGCCUGCAGCAUUUAAAAUUGCUGCUGUAACUCCAGUUCCAAAAAAGCCUAAUAUGGAUUUGGACAAUUUGAGCAACUUCUGUCCCAUUUCAAAUCUUCCCUUCCUUGCAGAAAUCUUAGAGGGAGCUGUUGCCUCUCAGUUACAAAAUCACCUCGUUGUCAAUGAUCUCUUUGAGCCAUUUCAGUCUGGUUUUCGGAAAUUGACAUAGUACAGAAACGGCUCUAGUCAAGGUCACUAAUGACUUGUUAAUGGCUUCAGACUCAGGCUCUUUUCCUAUUCUCAUCCUUCUUGAUCUCAGUGCUGCUUUCGACACUGUUGAUCACACUGUUUUACUCACUCAUCUUGAAUCUCUCUUUGGUGUCUCUGGUACUGCAUUAAACUGGUUCAGGUCCUAUCUCUCUGAUCGUAGGCAGUUUGUCUCUCUAGGUGGUAACAGGUCUGAGAUUGGUUCAGUCCACUCUGGUGUCCCACAGGGUUCAAUUUUGUGCCCUUUACUUUUUAGUAUUUAUAUUUUUUCUCUUGGUCAGCUUUUAAGAUCACUGGGUCUUAAUUAUAAUUUCUACACAGAUGACGCACAGAUAUGCAUUCAUUCUAAACCUGGUGAAAAUCUGGCAGAUGCCUUUUUUUUUUCAAACUGCAUUUCUGAGAUAAAAACUUGGAUGGCUCAAAAUUGUCUUUGUCUUAACAGUAAUAAGACAGAGGUUAUGCUUAUUAGAUCUCCUCACCAGCUUCGGAAGGCUGGCUCCUUAACUCUGUCCAUUGAGUGCUCAGUUUUGGAGCUUCAAACAAAAAAGAAAAAUCUGGGUGUUCUAUUUGACGCAAAUUUGUCCACAUGUAAAAAAAAUACUGUUAGAACAUAAUUUUAUCAUCUCAGAAACUUUGUAAGGCUGCGCCCUAUGUUAUCAUUCUCUGUGGCUGAAAAGCUGAUCAAUACUUUCGUUUUCUCUCACAUUGAUUAUUGCAAUGCUCUCCUUGCCGGAGUCUCAAAAUCAAUACAUUAAAUAAAUUGCAAUAUGUGCAAAACUCGGCUGCCAGAAUCCGGACUAGGGCCAGGGCAAGUGAUCACAUCACUCCUAUCUUGGAAUCCUUGCACUGGCUCCCUGUCAGGUUUCGUGUUGAUUUUAAAAUUCAUAUGCUACCUACCCAAUAUUUGUCUGAGCUUUUAACACCGUACACCCCAAAGCGUGAUCUCUGCUCCUCUAAAUCUGUUUUUUUAACUGUUCCUCAAACUCGUUUACGCUCUAUGGGUGACAGGGCCUUCUCUUCUUAUGCCCUGAAACUAUGGAACUCUCUAACUUCAGAACAUAGAGAAGUUCAGUCUUUUAGUGAAUUUAAAUCAUAUCUUAAAACGUAUUUUUUUCUGGGAGGCUUUUAAUUGAUUCUAUUGUAUUCAAUGAAUUUAAUACUAUCACUUUAUUUACUGUUUUAUCAUUAGUUGUUUUGAGAUGCAUGUUUUAUCCAUUUGUAUUAAGCUCUGUAUUUUUAUAUUUUAUUUUUCCUUUCUAUGUAAAGCGCCUUGAGAGGCCUGUUUAAAGGCGCUAUAUAAAAUAAAGUUUAUUAUUAUUAUUA